CCGACCGACCGGACGGAUAGGAGCAGAGCCAGCCUCUAGGCGCAAGAGGCAACACGCAACGCAAGGAGGUCGAAGCCAACCAAAGAACCACUGCGGAUGGAGCCCAUGGAGGCGGCGGUGGGAGGGAAGGCGGUGGACGCGUACCGGAAGGCGCUGGCCACGGCGGCGUCGGCGGCGGCGUACGCGGUCAUGGCGCGCAGCAUGGCGCGGGAGCUGCUCCCCGAGGAGCUCCGCGCCGCGGCGCGCUGGGCCGCGUCGGCGCUGGGCGCACGGGUCGGCUGGGGCCAGAGGGACCGGCGCACGCUCGUCGUCCGGAGCCAGCCGAGCAGCACCGGCGCCGGCGCCGACGACAACCUCCUCUUCGAGGCCGCGCGGACGUACCUGGCGUCCAGGCUCGACCCGCGCGCCAUGCGCCGCCUGGGCGUCACGCUUGCGCGCGCCAGGGACGACGCCGGCCGCGCCAGCUGGCGGAGGCUCCUCUUCCUGGAGCCCGGUGGCUCCACCUUCGACGACUUCGAGGGCGUCCGCUUCACGUGGACGUGCGUCGAGCCGACGUCGUCCGGCGGCGCCAGCGGCGGCGGGAGCAAGAAGAAGGCCAAGAAAGGAGGCGAGCCCAGCGCCGGCGGCGACCGCGACUUCGUGCUGGAGCUCAGCUUCGACGCCCAGCACACGGACGUCGCCAUGGACCGCUACGUGCCCUUCGUCAUGCACGCCGCCGAGGAGGUGGAGCAGCGGGAGCGCGCGCUCAAGAUCUGCAUGAACGAGGGCCGGAUGUGGUACAGGAUGAGCCUCCACCACCCGGCCACGUUCGAGACGCUCGCCAUGGACCCCGCGCUCAAGCGCUCCAUCGUCGCCGACCUGGACCUCUUCAAGAGCAGGAGGGACCACUACCGCCGCGUCGGCAAGGCGUGGAAGCGCGGGUACCUGCUCUACGGCCCGCCUGGCACAGGCAAGUCCAGCCUCGUGGCCGCCAUGGCCAACCACCUCCGCUACAACCUCUUCGACCUCGACCUCUCCCAUGUGCAGUUCAACACCUCGCUGCAGUGGCUGCUCGUCGGCAUAUCCGACAAGUCCAUCCUCGUCAUCGAGGACAUAGACUGUUGCUGCGAUGCCGUGUCGAGGAAGGACGACAAGGCGCCGCCGGUGCGUACCUGCGGACGUAAAGAAGACGAUGGUGGCGACGACGACAUCGACGACGGCCCUGCACCGGAGUCGGGCGCUCCCCCACCGCGCACUGCUCCGCCGCCCAACAAAUCAAACAGCAAUCAGGUGACUCUGUCCGGCCUGCUCAACUUCAUCGACGGGCUGUGGUCGACCAUCGGCGAGGAGCGCAUCAUCGUCUUCACCACCAACUACAAGGACCGCCUCGACCCGGCGCUGCUGCGUCCGGGGCGCAUGGACAUGCACAUCUACAUGGGCUUCUGCGGCCGAGAGGCUUUCAAGACGCUCGCCCACAACUACUUCCUCAUCGACGACCACCCGCUGUUCCCGGAGAUACAGGAGCUGCUCUCGGAGGUGGAGGUGACGCCGGCCGAGGUGUCGGAGAUGCUGCUGCGGAGCAAUAACGCCGACGUCGCGCUCCGGGGGCUCGUUGAGUUACUCGAGGACAAGAAGGAGAAGAAGAAGCAGGCAGUGCCUACUGAAGAGAAGCAGAGUGAAGAAGAAGAAGCUGGGAAGGAGGAAGCGGCAUCAAGGGAACAACCAUCGAAGUAACUCGAUCGCAUCGAGAGCUUGCUAGGGAACAAGAUGAACUGCUUUCUCUUGGUAUUUUGUUUUGUUUGGCAACAAGUGUCAUGUUGUCAAAUUGUCACGCUACUGCUUACUAGCAAGACACUGCUGGUAUACUUGCUGGUCUAUGCAUAACAUUGUAGUGGAUGGUAGCAGCUCGUCAUUAUGUUGCACUCUUUAGGCCUUCUUCCAUGUCAUGAUAUUUUGCAUGGUGAGGAAUUGAUGCCCCUCUUCGGAAUGGUGAUUUAUUGGAAGAAUAUGUAUGAUCUCU